AUGGGAUUUCCAAACCAGGAUACCAAAAUCCCAAUUCUAGUAGUCCCAUUCCCAGCACAAGGCCACCUCAACCAGCUCCUCCAUUUCUCCCUCCUUCUCUCUUCCCAUGGCUUCCCCAUCCACUUCGCCUCCUCCUCCAUCCACAACCACCAAGCCCGCCACCGUCUCCGAGGUUGGUCCUCUACAUCCCCCCACAACAUCACCUUCCAUGAUAUCCCCAUCCCUUCUCUUCCUCCAUCCAACCCCAACCCCAACGCCAUUCACAACUUCCCUUCCCACCUAAUCCCUGUUUGGGAUUCCGUCAUCCACCAUCUCCGUUCUCCUCUCGCCUCUCUCCUCCACUCCCUCUCCUCCUCCUCCCCUCUCAUCCUCAUCCAUGACCCUCUCAUGUCCCAUGUCGGCCAUGAUGCCGCUUUAAUCCCUUCUAUCCACACUUUCAAGUUCCAGUGCGUCCCUGCCUUCACUCAACUAGCGUUCACCUACGAACUCAGCUCCAAACCAUUCCCUCAGGACAACAACGUCCUCUUCUCCCCCUUACCCAACUGCUGCCCUGAAGAGUUCUGGACCUUUUUAAUGAAACAUGAUUAUGAGAGCCCAUGCGAAGGGGUGCUCGUCAACACGGCACGCACCAUUGAAGAACCUUUCAUUGAUCGUCUUGCCAAAGAAGAUGACUUUGUUGGCAAGAAGAUUUUUACAGUGGGUCCUGUGAGUCCACUCACUGUAACUGAUCAUAAGUCUGGACCUCGUCAUCCGUGUCUUGAAUGGUUGGACAAGCAACCGUCCAGGUCAGUGGUGUAUGUAGCUUUUGGAAGCACAACGACAAUGUCAGAUGAGCAGUUAAAGGAGAUAGCAUUGGGUUUGGAGAAAAGCAAGCAGAGGUUUAUUUGGGUUUUAAGAGAAGCUGAUCGAGGGGAUAUAAGUAAAGAAGGGGAACUUAUAAGGGAGAAGAGCCUGUUGUUGGACUUUGAUAAGAGAGUUGAAGGGAUGGGAAUUGUAGUGCGAGGAUGGGCACCACAACUGGAUAUACUAGCCCAUGGUUCAACAGCAGCUUUCAUGAGUCACUGUGGAUGGAACUCAUGCAUGGAAGGGAUGAGCAUGGGGGCGGCUCUGCUGACGUGGCCCAUGCAUUCGGACCAACCAAGGAAUGCACUGAUGAUAACUGAGCAUCUUAAGGUUGGGGUGAUGGUGAGGGAGUGGGAAAAAAGGGAUGAGAUUUUGAAGGGAGAGCAUGUGGAUGAAGCUAUCCGGAAGGUGAUGGUGGAUGAAGGAGGGGUGGAAAUUAGGAAAAGGGCUAAGGAGUUGGGAGAGAGGAUUAGGAGUGGUACUAAGGAAGGAGGGUCAUCUUAUGAACAACUUUUGGCUUUUAUUGAUCAUAUUAGUAGAUGUUAUUAG